UGUUGCAAACCCUGGGAGAUAGGAGGGAGGCAGACAACACAUAACUCAUGGGGGGAGGUGUUUCUUCUUCCUGUCUCUGCUGUGUGAGCAUCCUCAGUGUGGGCCUGGAGCGUGGCGAGUCUUGCUGUCCAGAGAUUCUUUGAGCCGCUGCAAGGAUGCUGAGUCCCAAGAGGUUGGCAUGGGCAAUGCUGAUGUGCCUGAAUGCAGCCUGGCUGGUUGGUGCUGACACUUGCCGGGGGCCCCAGCUCAUCCCAGGGACUCCAGGCAUGCCAGGUGCCCCAGGCUCUGAUGGCCACGAUGGAGUUCCAGGGAGUAAGGGUGAACGAGGUCCUCCUGGGGGUGUUGAAGCAAACAGGGAUUCGGGGGAACCAGGGGAGCCAGGGGAGCCUGGUUACCCUGGGAAAGUUGGGCCCAGAGGACCAGCAGGGUUCAAAGGCCCCCCAGGAUCUCCUGGCCCGCAAGGAGCCAAAGGAGAAUCUGGUGACUACAAGACCUCGCUCAAAUCCGCCUUCUCAGCCUCCCGAGGCAUCUCCAUGCUGCCGCGGCGUGCGCAGCCCAUCCGCUUUGACCGCGUCCUCACCAACGUCAAUGGCCACUACGAGAGCCGCUACGGGCGUUUUGUCUCCAACAUCACCGGGAUUUACUACUUCACCUACCACAUAACCUCCCGGGGCAACCUCUGUGUCCAGAUUAAGAAAGGCCAAGGCAGCCGGGGUGAGAGGGUCGUAGCCUUCUGUGACUACGUCUACAAUGCCUUCCAGGUCACCACGGGCGGUGUGGUUCUCCGCGUGCAAAGGGGCGAGUCAGUCUGGUUAGAGCCCACAGAGAAAAACUCACUCAUUGGGGGCACGGAAGGGGCAGACAGCAUUUUCUCCGGGUUCUUACUCUUCCCUGUUUAGCUAGAGGAACCCUGGGACCUGAUUUCCUGCUUGCUCUCUCCACCAGACUCCACCCUCUGCUGCAGGUCUGGUCUUAGGAAACUGCUGGCCUGGGUGGAGCACUAAGUAUGGGAACUGCAAUGCCCUUGCCUCUCUGAAAUGGUGCAGCCUUAAUAGGUGAUCGUUGAUAGGUUCUUUCAAUAACCACUAAGCCUUUUUCAAAAAAAAACCCCACCCCACCCCAUCACAAGAGGUCUCUGGAGUAACUUUGUAAACAAUUAAACAAUCACUUGUGCUUUGGUUUGGAGAGUUAUUGUCAAGUGCAUCAGAAGGAUGAGAGACAUGGUUUAGUUAGUCACCACAAGGUGGCAGCAGAUACCUAGGGAUAGCUGACCCCACUUGCUACAGUAUCUAGCAAGCUUUGGCCAGGAAGAAAGUUUCCAAGAAAAGGGAAUUUAUAUACUCUAGAAUCCUGACAUAAACAGUACUAUGGCUGGGGUGGGGAAAGCCUUUAUUUCUUUUAGAGCUGUCACAAAACCCACUCCUAAAAAAACCCCUGAUCCCACACGUAGAUUCACUGCCUCAGUGAAUUCCGUGGGAAGCACAUUUUUGCAGUUCCUUUCCCUGAAGGGUCUGAAUGCAAAGUUAUUCCAGAUAAGGACGUCCGCAAAGUUCAAUCAAGCGGGGCUUGGAAACCAACUUUCAGAGGUUUGUUAAAAUUGACCUCAGAACUAAGGGAAGCUUAGACAAGCAACUAAGAUCACUUCUGGCUUUGGUAUUGAUUGGCACCAGAGGAGUGACCACAGCGGGCCCAGCGCACAAACCCCACCUCCAAAGCUCCUGACCCAAACACAUUCCCCUUCAGGGAAAGAUUGUACCUCCGUGGUAGAACAUCUACUUUGUAUGCAGAAGGUCCGAACUUUGAUCCCCAGCAUCUCCAGGUGGAGCGAGAAAUGUGCCUAAAAUCCCGGAGAACUGCUGCGGGUCAGUGUAGACGGUGCUGAACUAGAUGAACCAAAGGUAUUACUCCAUAUAAUGCGGCUUCACAUUUUCCUAUUCCCCCUUUCCUUAUAGUUUGAGGGUAUAGUUUGGGGGUAGUUUGGUUUGUUGGGCAAGGCCCCACCCCAAGGUUCUCCAAUUUGGCUUACAAGGCCAUUUCUCUCAAACCACACCCACCGGCCCCAUACCUGAUGUCAUAUUAUCUAUUUAUUUGUUUAUUGCAUUUCUAUGCCAACUUUUUUCUCCAAGGAGCUCAAGGCAGUGUGCGUGGUUCUCCUCAUUCCACAUGGCCUAGAAAUCACCUCGCAGAGCCACAAUUCCCAGAGUUCCCUGGGAAGAGGGAUCGAUAAACCACUCUGGGAAUGGUAGCUCUCAGAGGGGAACAGAGAUGCUCCUAACAACUCUCAGAACCCUUAAGAAACUACAGUUCCCAGGAUGCUUCGGGGUAAGCAUCCAUGACUGUUUAAAGCA